CUGAGGGCCCUCAUCGUCAGGAGGGUGGACACAAGUCUCCACCAUACCAUGGUAAGCAAAGAGAGGGAGUGCCACACACCAAACCAUGUUUGGGUCGUAGCCCAAAGACAGUCCAGUCCACUGCCGACUGAGUCUUCUGAAGGUAACGCAGCAGAUCAAGCUCUGGUCCCAGGACUCUGCCACAGGACUCGCUGAAAAGUACAACAGAGGAGUGGCAACUACGGGGUAGGCCUUCACUGGUGCCAACAGACCAUGACCAGAGGCGUGACAGGCAUCAGGCGUGCAGUGACCACUGAGGGUUCAUAGCACUACAAACCAAACCAGCACAGUGACCUCAGGACUAAAACCAGCCCAGCAUCAGCCCACACUUUGAUAUAAAAGGCGUAGAGCACGUCGCACAUCGUCGCGGUCCCCUCUGACAACAUGACAGCUCGUCCUCCUGUGGGGCGGUCAGUGCAAGAGCUACAAAGCGUGGAUAACCACCUGCCGCAUCUCUCGGCCUUUCCUUACAGUUGUCUGUGUGGAAUUUUUUAAGAGACUCUCGUCUAGAAGGCCAGACAGUUGCCCAUUUCAGCAGUUUAUUUCCUAUGCCACAGGGAAUCACUAGCAGGAUCUUUAUAUGCCAGAGGAUGUCAAUGGUAACGCCAUGGACAUGAACGUUUUCAACAGGAACUUGACAGAGAGAGGCAAACACAUGCAUCAGGUGUUCCAGAGCACCCCUCUUGAUCUCAUUGAGGUCGGAAAAGGGCUGAAGUUCCAGACGGACCGCCCACACCUGGUCAGCCUGGGAAAUGGCCGCUUUAGUACAGCUAUCACUCUUUUGCCACUUCCAGAGGGCAGGACGAGCUUUGGGCAUGGAGAUGUGGACAUCAGUAUCCAGGGCCCAAGGAUCGCAGAGCUACAUUGCUACAUAGAAAACAAAUCAGGAGUCAUCAGCCUCUACCCAUGUGGGAAUGAAUGUGCCAUCGAUGGCGUCCGGGUCACACAGCCUGUUCGUCUCUCUCAAGGCUGCAUGCUGUGUCUGGGCCAGGCCUCCGUCUUCCGUUUUAACCACCCCGAGGAGGCCUCCGGAAUGAAGAGCAUGAUGCCCGAGGCUAGCCGGUCCUCUCUCCACUCAGACCCCAAGGGCCUAGUCAAUGGGAACUAUCCACCAGGUCAGCCGGACUUGCACUCUCCCCCCCGUACGAAAGUGCACCCUGAGCACAGUGCCAUCGUCAGCUCCAUUGAGAGGGACCUGCAGGACAUUAUGGACUCGUUAGCCAUGGAAGACCCCCAGCCUUCCUCCUCCGCUCAGCCCAAAGAGCCGUACGGCCAGCCCGCCUCCCGGUCACAGCUGUCCCCGGUGGUGAACGGUGGGGGCUGCUACCUGUCCCCCCCCACCAGCCCCGGCGCCAUGUCUGUGGGCUCCAGCUAUGAGAAUACCUCACCCCCAUUCUCCCCGCUCUCGUCCCCCUCGCCGGUCAGCAGCGGGAGCUUCAACAGCCCCUUGCACGGCGGCGGCGGUCAGGACCAGGGCUCUCCUCUCCCCCCCGUGCCUCUCAGGUCCUCCAGUUACAACUUCACUAGCCAGCCCCCCGUCCCUCAGCCGCUCGCCCCCCUGUCCGUCUUCACCGGCGGACAGAAGGUUCCGGAGAGCCCCCGCUUCCAGAGGAAGGCCUUGCUGGAGACGCCCCCGAGCCCCAAGCCCGCCCGCCGCAACGUGAAUCAGGACGGCUCUGCAGGGAAGGAUCCGGAGAUCCAGAGGCAUGUCCACAUGUUUCCAUCCGUCUCCAUCUCGCCUCCCAGCGACCCCCAGUCUGUGGGGCGGAUAGGGGUGCCCGGUAGCCACAGGUCCUCGCCCAAACUGCCCAGUGGGUCGCUCUCAUCCUCCCCCUCCAGCCCGCGCAUGAAGCGGGCCGCCGCUGCUCAGGAGCGUCCGGCGUGUGUGUUCCGCGAGCAGCCCCAGGUGGACUACUCCCCCACCUCCAUGUCCUCUCUCCCGCUUCCGUCGUCCCGCGCCUUCCAGCCGCCCCUGGACCCGAUCGUCCACAUCGUCCAGGGCGGCAGCGCUCAGAUCCAGCAGUCGCCGCAGCAGCAGCAGCAUUCGGCCAUGCUGCAGUCCCCAAAGAGUCCUCGGCUGGCACGCCGCAACUUGGAGAUGGACAGCGGGAGUAUCAGCAGCCUGACCAGUAGCAUGCGUGACCUCCCGCCCCUGUCCCCCUCCCUCUCCCGCCGAGGGGUCCCCACCCUGUCCACCCUGAGGACCCCAGAGAGUGCCUUGGCCAAGCUGGUCCCCGAAAGCCCCCGGCUUGGACGCAAGGCGGCGGCGGGUGGAGUCGGGGCCUUCUCCCCCGAGGAGCAGUUCAGCCCGCGGCUGGUCCGGGCGCGGAGCCCCUCGCCCACUUCGGGUCUGCUCGGCCCGGGUGAGGGCGGCCGGGGCAGGAAGGCCAGCUGCCCCAACCCGCUGUCACCCUCCUUCAGCCUGGGCUCGCUGCCCGGCUCCUCCCCCCUCGCCAGCCCCCGGAGCCACCGCAAGAUGUCCGGCGAGCUCCACGACCCGCGGCUGGUGCACCCGGGCAUGAGGCAGCGCAAGAACAGCAUCUCGGAGAUCAGCGACAACGAGGACGAGCUGCUGGAGUACCACCGGCGACAGCACACCGAGCGUCUCCGCGAGCAGGAGAUGGAGCGACUGGAGCGGCAGAGGCUGGAGACCAUCCUGAACCUGUGUGCGGAGUACAACAAGCCUGACAUGGGCGAGCUUGGCCCCUCCAUGGACACCCUGAGGAUGGGCUCUCCCCGCACGGCCCGCCGGCACAGGGGCAGCCUGGAGGAGAACCACAAGGAGGAUGGCGGCGGCAUGGAGGUCACUCAGCACGAGAACGGGUCUGCGGGCAUGGGCCUGGAUGGAGGCCUGGAGCUGGGCUUCCUGGAGGAGGAGCGGGUGCGAGCGCUUAAGCGGGUCGACGAGCUCAAGAGCCGACUCACAGAACUGGAGCAGCAGCUGCAGGAGGCCAAGCAGGAGGCUGAGAUGGAGAGAGCCUUGCUACAGGGAGAGCGAGAUGCUGAACUGGAGCAGAUCCAGGCAGAGGAAGACAUCAUCAGCCAGCUGCAACACAAACUGACCCAGCUGGAGAGUGCCAUCCAAAGAGAGAAGGACAAGGAGCGAGCGAACGUUGACGCAGAGCGGGAAGCCCUGGCCAGGCUUCAGGACGGGUACAAUGAGUUGCAGAACCAGCUGCAUAACUGCCCUGAGUCGCUGCGGGAGCAGUUACAGGAACAGCUCAAAAGGGAGGCAGAGACGCUGGACGCUGAAACCAAGCAGUUUGAGGACCUGGAGUUCCAGCAGCUGGAGAAGGAGAGCAGUCUGGAGGAGGAGAAGGAGACCAUCAGCCAGCAGCUGCUCAAGGAGCGCCAGGACUACCACAGCAGUGUGCUCAGGAGGAAGGAGAAGGUGGCCACACUGGAGAGCCAGGCCAAUCAGCUGGGCCUGCAGUCCAGCCAGGAGGGUGACCGACUGGCCAAGGAGAGACUUCACACACUGCAGAUCCUGCAGAAGGAGAAAGAAAGGCUGUCUGGUUUGGAGAAGAGGUACCUCACUCUCACUGGAGGGCGAACUUUCCCAAAGAACUCCAACACCUUAAAAGAGAUGUUCCGCUCCAAGCUGGACAGUGAUGCGGGCCAGACGGUCAUGAGGCCUAAAGUCAGUGCUGGGCUUUCACCUCCAUAUGGAACCGCCACUCUGGGUCGCAACACACCAUCAAGGAGCCCACUAAUGGUCCACCCGGGAACUGGCAGUCUGCCACGCAACCUGGCAGCCACACUGCAGGACAUCGAGACCAAGAGGCAGCUGGCCCUGCAGCAGAAAGAGCUGUCCACAUGCCAGCUGGUGAUAGAGGAGCAGCGGCGGCGGUUAGCUGAGCUGAAGCAGAAGGCCCAGGCUGAGGCCCACUGCCAGUGGGAGGCCCUGCACGGCUCGCAGACACACCUGCACGGCUCGCAGACACACCUGAGCGCCUCAAUGCACUACGCCGCGCCGGUGCAUCCCAUCAUGCACCACUCCAUCCUGCACCACGAGCCGCCCUCGGCUGGCGAACAGCCCUACGACACGCUUAGCCUGGAGAGCUCGGACAGCAUGGACACGAGCGUCUCCUCCGCAUGCUCUCCUGACAACAUCUCCAGUGCGAGUGGGAUGGAGAGUCAGAGGAUAGCGGAGAUGGAGAACAUGCUGAGAGAGGCCCAGCUGGAGAGGGCCCGACUCAUCGAGUCUCGAGAGCGGGAGGAGCAGGCCCGGAAGCUUCUCCUGGAGGAAGAGCGCCAGAGACGAGCCGUGGCCGAGCGACAGCUCCAGGAGCAGGCGGCCAUCAGGCAGCGCAUGGUGGACAAGGAGGUCAAGCUGAGGGCCAAGAACUUCUCUCAGGCUCGGCCCAUGACGCGUUACCUGCCCAUCCGCAAAGAAGAGUUCGACCUGCGCUCCCACAUCGAGUCCUCGGGUCACACGGUGGAGACCUGCGACCACGUUAUCCUCACCGAGAAGAUUUGCAAAGGCUACCUUGUCAAGAUGGGAGGGAAGAUCAAGUCCUGGAAGAAACGCUGGUUCGUCUUCGACCGCAUGAAAAGGACGUUUUCGUACUACGUAGAUAAACACGAGUCCAAGCUCAAGGGAAUCAUCUACUUCCAGGCGAUCGAGGAGGUUUACUAUGACCAUUUGCGCAGUGCGACUAAGAGCCCCAACCAUUCUCUGACGUUCUGCGUGAAGACUCAUGACAGACUGUACUACAUGGUGGCCCCAUCCCCUGAAGCCAUGCGGAUAUGGAUGGAUGUCAUAGUAACAGGGGCGGAGGGAUACACACAGUUUUUGAACUGACCCCGUACUGUAUGUCGAGUUCGAAGGUCAGGCUGUGCCAUUGAAAAGGAGACCCAUGACCCCUCCAUACUUGUCCCAAAACUCUUGGUGUUGGGGGAGAAUAGCCUUUUAAUUUGUAACUUUCUGUGUUUAUUGUGAAUAUUCACUCCACUGUAUAGACACUAGAUUCACCUGUUUUCUACUUGUGCCUGCAUUUUAAAAAAGGGAGAUUUUGAAGACAUUAAGACACAUACUCUCAACGGCCUUUUUUUGUUUGUUAUUGUUUUUGCCAACAGAGAUCUUUGUGUAGCAGUCAGGUGCUUCUUUGGUGUCUGCCACAGAUGACCUUUUCAAUCAACGCUUUGACAGUUUUAUUUCUUUCUAUUUUAAAAACAGUUGUCACGGCAUGUUGCCACACGAUGCCAAACUAGUGUGCUGUUACGUUUAUUAUUCCUGUUUUGUCUGAGUAGCUUGUCAUAUAUUUCAUUUGAGAUUGUUGAGGCGAGGAUUGCAGGGAUGUUUUAGUCCACAGACGGCACACUGACAGACAUACCUGCAGUGAAGCGUGAGGAGUGAGACAGACGUUGAGUGGCACAGGGAGUGGUGGUGGUGGUGGUGGUGGUGCUGGUUUCGCUGCAGCACACAUCCGUACUCAGGCAUCGGCUGCGGUUUGAUACACUGACACCAUUGACUCCUUUUGAAGUAGGCCUAAUUAUAUCUGUCUGUAUUGUUACCGGUACAUACAUCAUUAAGGCGCAUCUUACACACACACCCACAUACGCAGUGCAUAAAAUAACACUAGUGACGGAUUUUAUAUGUUAUGAGCAUUGAAAUACCAAGUAGAGUUAACUUGCCAAGACCUGAUAACUUGAUGCCGUGGCUGGACCCUCUCUGAAGGCAGCCCGUUAAGUUCAUCACUGCCAGUCUGUGUCGUGCGCCAUGACAACGGAGAAACAACUGAGCUGGAUAUUUUCUUUCUUUUGUUUCUUUUUUUAACAGUAAUGCAAUUCAGUUUGUGCCUUGAUAGUCGUUUAUCACUACACAUAAAAAGAAAACAAAAGGAAAAAAAAUACAUGGGACAGUUCUUGAAAACUGUGCUACUACGAAAAGCUACAGUGUGUACGUCAUAUGUUUACGUUUUUAAAAAGUGGAAUUAUCGAUGUGAUCGCAAAGAUUUGCACAGUGUGUGUGGAGUGACUGAGUAUGGCUGUUGUUUUGGACUGUUCAAUUACAUGAGUGAGAAAGUAUGAGCUUAAAGGAGUGUUUCACCAAAAACAAAAACAAAAAGAAUCACCCUGAAAUAAUAGUCCACUCUGUGGCAACCCUCUCGGCAGGUGAAACGUGUUAUUUAUAUGACGUCUGUUCUGAGAAGAUCCACUAGUGCGGGUCGGCCCAACCAAAAUGACUGCUUACCUUUGAUUUCUUGUGAGCUGUUUUUACAGUAUGCUGUGUGAUGGACUAGCCAUUGUUUUUUCUCAGAUACAAAGGGAGUGAUUGAAUGAAUGUUUCUAAACCAGUGCUUUGUGUUGUCUGACACCAGAGAAUUGAUGGAUGAAUUUAAUGGAUUGAUUUCAAUGAAUUGUUGUAAAAAGACAUCUGUGUGAGGAUUAUUGUUAACAUACCACCCCCCUAAAAAAUUGGUGAAAGAGAAAAUGGAAAAAAAACUGUGAAAUGUCUAACUACAGUCUAUAGAAUUGACAAAGGCAUGAAAUGUGUAUUAAUAUAUCUGAUAAAACUUUUUAGGUUUUAAAGAUUAAAAAUAGAAUAUCCUUGAUAAUAAGACUCAGAAAACGCAAGAUCUAAGAACAGAAAGUGAAGCGGGGAAUUAAGAUGAAUCUAGGUAUUUAUAAAGAGCUUGUCCAACAAAUCAAUUAUAACACUGUUAAGACCAGGUGCUUCUGAGUAGUUUUACACCCAAUUAAAAUAUAUAAUGCACGUCCACCAUGUUCCGUUCUAUCGCCAUGACGUUGACUCUGUAUAACUGUUUAAUCGUCUGUUCCUUUUAUUUGGUUGCUUGUGUUUUUUUUGUUUUUUGUUUUUUUUUUAUUUCCGUAUGAAUUGUCACCACAAGGUUGAAUCAAGUGUUGUAAAAUGUUAAUGGCCAUAUUACAUACACAAAAGUAUUCACUGGUUUGUAUUAAAAAUGUGCUCUCACAUU